CGCUAGAAGUUGUUUGGUGAAAUACUUAUCGGGAAUUUUAAUUUCUGUCAUUUAAGAAGACUUGUCCUGAUGGUAUUAUAAAGUCUGAAGGAUGGCAUCCUCUAUAACAAGUUUAGUACAUCCAAGCUGCACACAAAGGUGUUCCUUGAAAAGAAGAAGAUCGCAUCGAUCAUCAAAGUACACAAGCAAUGAAGCAAUGAAAGGUGAAGAACAUUGGACUAAAGUUCUCCAGACAAAAGAACAAACUGCAUUUUAUAAGAACAGAUGUGCUUGUAAAAAGUCGCCAAAUUUAAAUAGUUUAGUUCGUCCUCGGUCAGAAGGCGCUGAAAAUAUAUUCCCGUCAGUUUUUCGACGAUUUUAUUUAUGGAUAAAUUCUAGAGUAAAAUCGCACAGUACACAUGAUCAUGACAAAGUUUUCAUACCGGAAAUACAGACGAGAUCAGGAUCCGACUCCGGAUGCGAAACAGAUAUAUUAUCAAAUACACAUCCAGUUUUGAUACGAACUCAAAAACUACAACUUGACUUAAUUAGCAUAAACGAUGCAGAUGAUCCAAACUAUGUAUAUAUUAGAAACAAUAAAUCAGCUGACGCUUCACCAUCGCUUCAUCCGUUUCCAUCUGUUCAUAAUUCAUUUUCAAAUAUUAAUGAAAUACUUACUGAUGAUAAUAAAAAGAAUUUUUUGACACUCAGCGUAGGAGAAUCUGGAAGCCGACAGAAUUUGACAGUUACGAGAAGUGCACCCUCACAAAGCCAACGAACGUCACGUGUAGCUGAACCAGUCUGUAAAAUCAAACCAUAUCACACAUGGCCUCUUUCGAGAAAAAUUCUGGAACAGAAGGAAGAAGAAAAGAGUACAGUUUUUGACAAUUUAGAAAACCGUUCUAUGUACAGAAAUCCAUCGGCAGAAGAUCUCACAAACCUAAAGGAAUUUUCCAUUCCAUACGAAGACCUUGAAUUCACCACGUGUUUUCGAACUGGAAGAGACCGGGUCAUUUACCGAGGGAAAUGGCAUGGAGAUGUUAACAUACAUUAUUAUGGCAGUUACACAGCUCUAGAUUUCUGGCAUUUGGUUACAAAGAUGCAGCGAGUUCGUCACGAAAAUGUUGCUUUAUUCAUGGGAUCAUGUACAGAUUUCAACAAAUAUUCCAUUAUUGAAAGCAUACAAGAUGGUGUGUCUUUAUACGAACACAUACAUAUCCAGAAAGAAGUCUCCAGUAUGCAGUCCAAAAUACAACUCCUACGACAGAUCUCCCAUGGGAUGGGAUAUCUGCAUGCAAAAGGAAUAGUGGUGAAAAAUCUUAAUACAAGAAACAUUUUCUUGUGUCCAAAGGCACGGGUCAGUGUUAUGGAUUAUGGAAUUGUAGAACCACAACAUGAUAGAGAGGGUUUAGCUUGUGUACCAAGAGGAUAUCUUACAUACAUAGCCCCUGAAAUUCUACGUACAUUGAUGGUUGAUCCACCCAUCCUUUACAUGAAGGCCGAAUGCACAAAAGAAUCCGACGUGUUUGCCUUCGGGACCAUAGUUUAUGAAUUGGUCACGUGGAGGUAUCCAUUUUUUGGACAGUUACCUGAAUCUAUAAUAUGGCGAAUCUGUACCAAUCAAUAUCAAGAGAUCGAUAAGAUAAAAAGUGCAAAGGCAAUGAAGCGAUUAAUGGAAUUAUGCUGGUCAUUUGAUCCAGGAGACAGACCAAGUUUUGCUAACAUCAGUAGAGACUUGAACAGAACGAUAUCAUUACACAAAAGACAUAGUAUAUCGGAGCCAGACAUUUUAAGUAGAGUCGGCUCAAUCAGUUGUUGUUAGAGAGACGAUUUUUAUAUUGACAUCCAUUACCGCUAAAUGUUGUGUUUCCCCUUUCCUGUUUGUUUAUGCAUUAUCAUGAGAAUUUAAAAACAUUGUUGACAGUUUGAAAUGUGAUAAGAAAUAUUGAUUUGGAUCAAAGUUAUGCAAACUUGUUAAUUUCAUGUAUCGAACAGCGGUAGUUUGAGAAUUACAGUAUGAAUAUUUUAUUAGAGAAAUAAUAAAAAUGAAAAAUAACUCAUUAAUAUUUGUCAUACUUCGGAAAUGAAUACCCCAAAAAUAUUCCAUGGGGAUUUAUUUGGGUCAAAUGUACUAUUAUCAUGGUUUAAGAUACAUACAUAUCAAGUUACUAUAAAGUACCUCAAUUUUGAGUACAUUGAAUAAAAAAGACCAUUUGAAAAUCCUAAAGAUAAAAGUAAGGUCAAAGUACUUUUGACAUUACUUUUGGUAUUUUUUUUAUCGUUUUUUUUAUAGAUACUUUCUAAUUGAUCCCUUACGGUUUGAAAUAAUAAAUGCUUAGAUAAUCUGUAGUCAGAAUUUUUAAGAAGUCUGAGAGAUAUGAAUAUCUCAAAUGACAGAGAUAUAUAAACGUGCGAUUGGAAAAUUAAAAUUGUUUUACUUCAUGUAUAAAAUAUAAACGUCCAUGUUGUUCCCAAAUGAUAUUAUUGCAAACCCGAUCACUCUUAUGAACAACAUAUCGUCAAAAUCGUCCCAAAAUUAAAAGUAUUAAUAAAUUCAUUUUGGCUGCUAAACAUUUUAUCUCAAAACGAUGGAUAAUAAAACAUGUAUUUAGCCUCUAGUAUUAGAUAAUCAUCAAUAUUGCCAAAACCAGAUGAGUGACAUUGCAUAUAAUAUUGGUAAUAUGUACGUACAUAUUGUUUUCGGACAGAAAUAUACUGGCUAUCAGAAUUUAUUAUCGUCACCGCUCCUGGUUGGAUAUUGUCACCAACUAUGUAGUAUACACCUAUAGGCCAAAUACAUGCCUAAUUAUACCUCGGUUUAGUUAAAAAGGGUUAGCAGCCAAAAUCAGUCUAAGAAUAUUUUAAUAAGAUGAUGUUGACGAUGGUCAUAGCAAAAAAUAGAAUAUGUUUUUUUCUAAAUCAUUUCAUUAAGAUGUUAAGUAAAUAUUGUGGUACAGGCUGGUUUUAAAAUGUAUUUGGUUUGAAUAUAGAAUGACAUUUCAUGAGUUAAGUUCGAUUAUUUUGAGGCCAUAUUUCUUUUGCUUUCAUUCAAACGACAUAGUAUGAAUAUGCAUAUUUUUACGUGUGAGUAUUGUAACCUAAAGAUCUCAUUUUAAAGGUUUCUAUAUGAUGUUUAUGAAAGUAUUGUUUGUUAUUGUUUUCUUAAAUAAAUUUUCUUAAAUAAU